AUGGCCUCCAAGAUUGCAAUUGCUUCCCUGAUCGCCUUAUCGGCUGCUUCGGAGGGCCUUCGACCAUGGGAGGCUCCUGGUCCUAAUGACUUGCGGAGCCCUUGCCCAAUGCUGAAUACGCUGGCAAACCAUGGCUAUUUACCUCACGACGGCCGCGAUAUCUCGGCCCAACAGUUUGCCGAUGCAGCUUUCGAAGUCGUAAAUAUCGAUCCUAUGGCCAUCAAGCAGGUUGCAAAUUACUUUCUCAGAGCUUCGAACCAAACUUCCAUCAACUUGACAGACUUGAAUCGCCCUGGCAUACUACAGCACAUUGCUUCUCUCACCCGAGACGACGUUACAAGUCCUGAUAGCGUAGAUGUCACAGCAUCUCAAGAUCGAAUUCGCCAUCUUAUACAAGACAGCGACACUGACUGCAUUACAAUUGCUUCGCUUGCAAAGACUCGCUUACACGUCGAAGAUCUGUCUUCUCCCAAAGAGCUGACUCUGAAGGAGCAGACCUUUGCAUAUGCCGAGGCAGGUCUCCUGCUGUUGACGAUGAUUGAAGGAGAAGUUCCGUCUGGAUGGAGCUUUCCUCCAGCAACCGCAUAUUGUGCCCCGAAGAAAAGAGUAGAAACGUGGUUGACGGAAGAGAGAUUUCCGGAAGAGCUGGGGUGGAAGAAGUCAGAGCGAACGAUUGGUCUCAUGGACUUUGUGCCAGUCAUAAAGGGCAUUUAUGAGGAAAAGAGAUCGCAGGCUGGGAAGGGACCAUUGUGGAAAGCCUUUGUUCCCUCCUUUCUCCAGCAAGCAGGAACUGAUAGCGAGCUAUGA